AUGAGUCCAUCGGCGAUUCCUGUCGACGUCCGGGGCGAGACCGACACCAGCGCCGUCGUCGUCCCCGAUCCGCUGGCCAUCAACGCGCUCGCCGCAUGGCGCACCGACGGCGCUGUGCCCACGGGCACUGCAGCAUUCUCGAGCAGCGACAUGUUCAAGAGCCCUGCCUGUUUCACGCGACCCAAGGCCAAGCGAUGGGACCAUAUUCUCUCGACCGAAGCCAAAGCCCGCAAGCCAUCUACGUUGAAAGCCGCCGCCGCAUACCUCAAGAGACCGGGCAUGAUCUCGCUGGGCGGAGGGUUGCCAUCGAGCGAGAAUUUUCCAUUCGAGGAGAUCAGCGUCAAGGUGCCCAGCGCGCCGGGCUUUUCAGAGGAAGAGACCAAGAAGACGGGGAAGACACUGACGGCGGGCAAACAUGAUAUCUCGGAGGGGAAGAGCUUACUGGACUUGGAGGUAGGGCUCAACUACGGUCAAUCGAUGGGUUUUGCGCAACUGUUGCGCUUCGUUACAGAACACACCGAGAUUGUGCACGCACCGCCAUAUGCCGACUGGCAGUGUUGUAUGACGGUGGGCAGUACAUAUUCUUGGGACGCGACACUGAGAGUGCUAUGCGAGCGGGGAGACUACAUUCUCACAGAGGAAUACUCGUUUGUCAGCGCUUUGGAGACGGCGGCACCGCUCGGCAUCAAGGCUGCAGCCGUCACGAUGGACGAACAGGGCCUGCGCGCAGACGCCCUGGACGAAGUUCUUACGAAUUGGGACGAAAAGGCCCGCGGUGCCCGCAAGCCUCAUCUCCUUUACACAGUUCCGUCCGGACAGAACCCGACGGGAGCAACUCAGGGCGCGGAGCGGCGCGCAGAAGUAUACAAGGUCUGCCAGAAGCAUGACGUCUACAUCGUCGAGGACGAACCCUACUACUUCCUGCAAAUGCAGCCCUACAAAGCCAAUGUACCACCCCCGUCCAGCCGUGAAGAGUUCCUCAAAUUGUUACUGCCGUCUUUCCUCAAACUUGACGUCGAUGGGCGAGUCUUGCGAUUGGAUUCAUUCUCAAAGGUGCUUGCCCCGGGCUCGCGCGUCAGUUGGAUCGUCGGGGCGGAGCAGUUGUUGGAACGAUUUAUGCGCCAUUUCGAAACGUCAGUGCAGAACCCGAGUGGGUUUUCGCAGAUUCCGUUUUUCAAACUUCUUGACGAGGAAUGGGGCCAUGCCGGCUAUAUCGACUGGCUAGUGCACUUGCGUCUCGAGUACACGCGUCGUCGUGAUGAUAUGCUCCACGCCUGCGAGAAAUACUUGCCUCAGGAGAUCACCAGCUGGGAGCCUCCCUCGGCGGGCAUGUUUCACUGGAUCGAAGUGUCCUGGAAGAAGCACCCGGGUUUUGCCAAGGGACAAUCGCAUGCGGACAUUGAAGAAGCCAUUUUCACGGCGUCGGUCGAUCGCGGCUCAUUGCUUUCUCGCGGCAGCUGGUUCCGAGCAGACCACAGCAUCCCAGAAGACAAGAUGUUUUUCCGGGCAACAUAUGCAGCAGCGCCAGCCGAUAAAAUUGACGAGGCAAUAAAGCGGUUCUCAGAAGCGUUGCGGGCGGAGUUUUCUCUAUAG